UCUGUCGCUGAUCCGACUUCAGAUUGAGAGAAUUCAAGAUGGCCGCCGCCUCAGGCUCCAGGUGAGCGCCACUCUGAUCCACUCUCUCUCUCUCUCUCUCUCUCUUUCUCUCUGUUGUGGCUGCCUGAAACCCAGUGCUGCAUCUUCCCCGUGGAGACGCCAUGUCCUCCACGUCGUCCUGCUCCUCGUCGGGGGAGACGAGCCCGGAGGACAUUCCCCGGGGAGGAGGAACCAUUCGUGUCUACCUCCCCAACAAACAGCGCACAGUGGUGAACGUGCGUCCAGGCCAGACGGUGUACGACAGUCUGGACAAAGCGCUCAAGGUGCGAGGCCUCACUCAGGACUGUUGUGCUGUUUACCGCCUCCUCGAAGGUCGUAAAAGGCUUACAGAAUGGAACACUGACAUCACACCCCUCGUCGGAGAGGAGCUUCUGGUGGAGGUUUUGGACGACGUCCCCCUCACCAUGCACAACUUCGUUCGUAAAACCUUCUUUAAGUUAGCGUACUGUGACUUCUGCCACAAGUUCCUGUUUAACGGCUUCCGGUGUCAGACCUGCGGCUACAAGUUCCACCAGCACUGCAGCAGCAAAGUGCCCACAGUCUGCGUGGACAUGGACACCAUGAAACGGUGUGCAGGUGAAGUUGGUGAAAUUGUGUCCGUUCCUAUCCCUACUGACAUCCCCUUAACACCUGAGCCUGCUGGUUCAAUGCUGCUCUCGCCAGCCUCUGCGUUCCACUUCCCCAUGACGGGAGGGGAGGGUCAGUCUCUGCAGAGGCUUCGCUCCACCUCAACCCCUAAUGUACACAUGGUCAGCACGCUGGGGCCCGGAGCGGCCAACGUCAUCGAGGAGGCAUUAAAAUCCAACAGCCCAAUGGGGCCAGAAUUCUCUCCCAAACCCUCGACCAGUCCACCUCACCUGGGCUCUCCGGGUCGGAAACCACCCAAAUCGCCCCCGGAGCGCAAACCAGCCCCACUCAUCCUCGACGGAAAAAAGGAAAGGAAUCAGCGUUACAGAGACUCAAGCUACUACUGGGAAGUGCCCUCACACCAAGUGACCAGGCAGAAGCGCAUAGGUGCCGGCUCCUUUGGCACCGUCUUCAAGGGCAAGUGGCACGGAGAUGUGGCCAUCAAGAUCCUGAAAGUGACAGAGCCGACGCCGGAGCAGCUGCAGGCUUUCAGGAACGAAAUGCAGGUCCUGCGGAAGACGCGCCACGUCAACAUCCUGCUGUUCAUGGGUUUCAUGACGAAGCCAAACUUCGCCAUCAUCACACAGUGGUGCGAAGGCAGCAGCCUUUACCGUCACCUGCACGUCACCGAGACCAAAUUCGACACCAUGAGGCGCAUCGAUGUGGCGCGCCAAACGGCACAGGGCAUGGACUACCUUCACGCCAAGAAUAUCAUCCAUCGGGACCUGAAAUCUAACAAUAUCUUCCUGCACGAGGGUUGGACGGUGAAGAUCGGUGACUUCGGCUUGGCCACGGUGAAGUCUCGCUGGAGCGGCUCGCAGCAGGUGGAACAGCCCAGCGGAUCCAUACUGUGGAUGGCUCCGGAGGUGAUCCGCAUGCAGGACCCAAACCCUUACACCUUCCAGUCGGAUGUGUACGGCUACGGCGUGGUGCUGUUCGAGCUUAUGUCCGGCACGCUGCCUUACUCCAAUAUCAGCAACCGCGACCAGAUCAUUUUCAUGGUGGGUCGAGGCUACCUGUCACCAGACCUCAGCAAGCUGUACAGUAACUGCCCCAAAUCCAUGAAACGUCUCAUCAUCGACUGUCUGAAAUUCAAACCGGACGAAAGGCCGCUCUUUCCUCAGAUCCUGGUGUCCAUCGAGCAGGUGCAGGAUCUCUUACCCAAGAUCGAGCGCAGUGCCUCGGAGCCAUCGCUGCACCGUGCCGUUCACGCUGAGGACCUGAACCCGCUGCUGCUGCACACCACACGCUUCCUGCCUCUGUGAAACCAGACGAUUCUGCACAAGAUUCUGUCCUCCGCACUCACUACACACACACACACAUUCCUGCUGUGCAUUCCUCAGUAACACAUCAGCAAAACUUUUCAGUCAUUCCACUCACUGUUUGAACAAGAGGUCCUCUAAUAGAAUUUAUUCAUAUUUUAUUCUUCCCUUUGCAACCCAAGAGCAUUUUUUUCAGCUGAAAUCCGUUACAAUCUCGAGUGUGAUUGUGGCCGCGUUCGCUUUACACCUACAGAUGUAGAUGAAUGUAAAGCGUUUCUGAGUUCUAGGGAUACGUUUGGUUUUUUUUUUUUUUCCGUUAUGGGGCUUUUGAUCACAUUACUAAUGAAACUCAUUUCAAUCAUGAUUUAUCGAUGCACGAUUGUGAACAUCUGAACCUGCCUUUAGUAACACCAGUCGGUUUGCACUUUAAUGUUAGAAAUCCAUACAUGACGAGCGAACACUAAACGUUUCCUAAAGCACCUGUACCUUUCUGUCACAUCAUAAAACAAAAAAACAUAUUCGCUCCCUUUCCUAAAGCUAAGACUUGAUCAAUGCGGCUUUGUGACCAUAAUAGGUUACGCAGUUUAUCUCGGUAAUCACCAUGUACUAUUUUGUUACCAUGGUAACAGCAUUUUAUCCCUGCGCAAAACAAGUAGAGCAUUGUGGGAUAACCGCGCCUAGGUGCUAGGGGUUCGAUGUAGCCGAGAGUUUUUUUCACCAUAAAUACACAGCAAAUUCCUUUCAGGAUGCACACAUCAUGUAACUAGCUUUGUACAGGUUUAUGGCUUAAGCUGCCAUGGCAACCAAUUGUUUUUAGUUAACUAAAGAUAUAAAAUGACCUGAAGUUAAGAACGGAUGUCGCUUUUCAUUGUUCGGUUCUUUGCCUGCUGUCUAUCAAACAAGGGGCAGGUUAGUAAACAGGAAGUAGUUACAUGUUGAAGUGCGCUUAUUUAAACGGUUGUAUAUAUCGACAAUAUAAAAGCGAGCCCUUUGUGAACAUAUACUAGCAACCACCAUAGAAUCACGCAAGAAAGCGUGCCAUAGCAACCUCUUAGCAACACCUGGAAUGCCAUGAUAAGAUGUACUAUCCAUUAGCAUUUUCUUCAGGAAAUGCACCUCGCUAGUGAACAUGUAGCUGUUAACAGGAAACUGAGAGAUGAAAAUCUUUACGACCGACACGGUAUUAAAGAGUCAUCACACGUGCGUCCAGCUUCUUAUUUUCUCGUGAACAGCCUGUACAGUGCGUUUUGCACAGGCUUGGCAGAAGAGCCGAGUAGAUUUCGGUUCAAUCUGGACUGUGAAGCGGCACAGCGUGGUGGCUCAGGAGCACAGAUGGCUGUAGUGAGUAAUCAUGUCGAGGCUGUGCACAGAUGGGAGAAGAACUAGACAUUUGUUAGCGAUUUUCUGCGUCUGUAGUCAGCUCCAGAAUUAUUGGCACCUUUUGGUUAAUUAGCUUAAUCUCAAACUGAAAAAAAUGUAAAGUAAUUUAAACUAGGUUUAUUUGUACAUUCUUCAUCCUGGUCAUUUUAGCAUUUAGCUGUUUUGGGUGGUGGGAAAAAAACCUGAGAACCCAGAAAACCUGAGCUCAGGGUUGAACAAGCAAAUUCUAACCUUUUGAUUUGAAGUCAUCCAUGACUUCCUGUUUCACUGAGGUAUAAAUACAAGGUGACACAGAAGCCAUAUUGCUGUCAUGCCAAUAAUACUGGAGCUGUUUCUACAAAAGCGUGGACUUUCAUACCUUAAUUUCAUGUUGAAAUUGCAGGCUAUUUUAUUUUUGUGAUGUUUUAAUAUAUGCUCAUAUGUAGCUUGUCUUUUUUUUUUUUUUUUUAUUAAUAUACAUUAACGUCAGUCAAAAUCAGUAGUAGGCAGCGUUUAGGGAAGGUGGUUUGCUUAAUUAAUUUUGCUGUUUAAUUAGUACUCGAUGUAUUGUACAUACAAGGUUUGUUGGAAAAAAUGCAAGUAGUGUGGUUUUUUUGUAGUGAAAGUGUGAAUUUUGCCAGUAACUGGUAACGACUCCGACGUCAUGCAAAUUCGUAGAAACUGUAACUGUCUGCAAGAAGAGUUUUGUACAUGCCUUGAAAGCAACCAUUUACAUAAUUGUUUAUGCAAGUUGUGCCGUCGUGUUAGAAUAGAACUGUUCAGACAUACUGUACACAUGCUGCACUUGCAGCUCUUUAUUCAGCCACAAGGGGGCAGCGUAAAACACGAGCACUCAACAACUUGCCUAUCUCUUUUUUUUUAUUGGGCUGGUUACCCCUGAACCUCUACAGUUAGCAUUUUCUGCAUCACAUUCACAGAAACAGGAAGUCAAGUUUAGCCAGCGUUCUCAGCAGGACCUCAGCCAUUGCUGUCUGUCUGGAUUUCUUCAGAGAUUUACACAUUUCAAGCACUAUAGAGUCAUAUCAGGUUGCUAAAUAGCCAGCGGGUUCACUAGACGUGCUGAUUAGCAGGCUUGUUAGCAAGCACAGUUACAUAAUUCUAGGGGCGUUGGCAGAGUUACUACAAAUUGACUGUUUUCUAACAUUUAUUCCGCUUUUAGCACAGUUUCAGCAGUCGUAUAUUUAUUUAAGAAGGGGCAUGUGGAUGCCUGCGAAUGAGCUGUUACUACAGAAUCAAGAAUGUAUUAGAACAAGCACAUUCAUUGUAAAUCUGUGAUUUGUCUCACACCCGGAUAUAGAGGUGGUGAUAUAGAGAAUUAUUCCACCACUUUGACUAAUCAGACUCAAGAAUUCAGCAGGUGGAGUUACAUAUCAAAUGUUUUUUUUCCUGCUCCUGAAGUUUGCACUGAUGUUCACUCGAUCGCUCAAAACUCCAAGGCACCAUCAGUGCAACUCAGUUUCAGGUUCAAAACGAAUGUAAAGAUGGUGUUUGGGAAGAGGAAAUCAACAAGCAGUACUGAAACACGGCCUUUGUGUGGACAUUUUGCCAAAAUAUGAGCGGCUUUCUACCGCUCACCACUGAUAAAGAUCAGUUACAAAAGCCGUACAUUGAAUGCGGAGUGUGUAUUCACGCGUUCUUGGCAUAGAAUGAAGAUUACUAGGUACAUUCGGCAGAUUAAAAACGUGCUCGAUAGCUGAUAAACGCAUGUUGCAAAUCGACUGGUGAACAUUUUCUAAUUAACACGUCUUAUAUCUUCAUCACAAGCUUUCCGAAACCGUUACCGAAUCUCCUUCUCAUGGGGUUCACUCACACACCGUUGUUGCAAUAGUUCAUUACAUGUGUAAGAUACAUUUGUAGAAAUAUUCAAACCCGAGGUGUUUGUAAGAUUUUAUUUGGGAGAUUUUUCGUGCAAGAGCGGGCUCCAUCAAAAUGAAGUGCGAGUUCACCACAGAGAACUGCUCUGGUUUCGUUAGUUAUCAGAAACUAAUAAGCAGUUGUGCUUGACACAGACAAAUCAGUGAAUAUCCUGUUCACAUGACUUAAGUCAAGCAUAAUGAUUAAAAGAGUCAUGGAAGAGUUAUUUGCAAUUUGACAAAAUAGAUCAGUUUCUGAUAACUGAUGAAAGAGCACUGGACUGUUCGACUCAAUGUUAAAUGGAAGAUGAUUUUCAUGCUCAUAUCUAUUAUUGUUAGUAAUGUUCAAUAUUAUUAUUAUUACUUUUAAAAUAAUUUAAUAAUCACUUCAGCGCUCCAUUCUUCGUACAUGGAUUAUCAAGUUAGCCAGGUUGGAUAGUGUGUCUCUGUAUAUGACCAAACAUAUCAUGGAAUUAUUCAAGCAAGGUCAAUGCUAUCGAUUCAACCCCCAAGCACAAUAAUUGUCGGACUAAAGCAAACCCGAAAACUCUGGCGCAACUUUAUCAAUUUGAGAACUCGAAAUCUAAAAUAAUGCAUUUUGAUUUCAUAUCCUUAUCAAUUAUAAUCCACAUUGUGGCCAAGAAAAACUUUAUUGUCUUCUCUAGAGGUCCAGACUGGGCAUUUUUGGCAAUCGCUGACUCACUGAUCAUGGAACAACUCAACCCAGCUUUUACUAAUCAAGUUCUCAAGCAUGUGUGAAGAAUUCCAACGAAUAUUAAAUCUGACAUUUGAGUUUGUUAAGCAGCGUAUGAAGAAUGGAGACAUUUGCUUUAGCCGACCAAAAAACACAGAGAAACAGUCAAAACUAAACAGCUUUUGCACACUGAAAAAUAAAUCACAAGACAGUCUAGUUUUUAUCUUAAUGACGUCUGUUAUCACGACGUCGGUCACUGGGUGUGGCUUUAUCUGUAGUAGAUUUGUAAUUUUUUUUUUAUUUUUCUUUUAAUUGAAAGGCUCCAAUCUAUUUAACAGCUGGCCAUCUGAAGCACACUGUUUAAAAAUGCAAUACAGUUACAAAAACUUUGCAAAAGUCUUCAAACUCCAGUUUAAGGCAUCUGCUGUCAGGAAUCGCGGAGGGAAAAACGGGUCAAACUCUAAACUCAAUCCAGUUGUUUUUCUUCGCAAGGCAGAACACAACGAUCAACUUUUGUUCAAAGUUUUUUGCAUAUUUUAGGUGAAUUGCAAUAAAUUUUUUUUGUGUGUAUAGUUGGAGGUAUAAGGGGGUGUUUAAAGUUUGCAAUAAAUGUACUCUGCUGUG